GCCGCGCCUGCGCACUCAGCUCGCAACUGCUGAGACAGCAGCCUGUCGCGCGCCAGUUCAAAAGGCACCGGGGAGUGAUGGAGAGCGGACCGCCAACCUAGACCAUGGCGACCUACUACUUCUUAUCACCGGGACACGGGGACUGAGGAGGAUGGAGGACACUGGAGGGACAAGUACGGGACACACACGGGAUACACAGGCCUCCCACUGCACUUCCACAGGGUUCCACCAAUGGCUCAGGGAUUUGUCUGGUGUCUGCAACUGUCAUAGAAUUUGAAGGUUUGCAGGUCAGCCUGUAAAUGAAUGUCCAGUUUGAUGUUUAAGUCGGGAUUAUCAGUCUUCCUGCACAAAAUGAAGAAGCAGAAUAUAAGGACUCUCUCUCUGAUUCUAUGCAUGUUCUCCUAUCUCUUGGUGGGAGCUGCCGUCUUUGAUGCCCUCGAAUCCGAGACUGAAAGCUCUAGAAAACGGAUCCUGGAGGAAAAAAGAACUGACCUGAAAAAGAAAUAUCAUUUUUCUGACGAGGACUAUCGAGAGAUUGAGCGCGUAGUUCUGCAGUCCGAGCCGCACCGUGCAGGCAAGCAGUGGAAAUUCGCUGGCUCCUUUUAUUUUGCUAUUACAGUAAUCACUACUAUAGGAUACGGUCAUGCUGCUCCCGGUACUGAUGCUGGAAAAGUCUUCUGUAUGUUCUAUGCAGUCCUUGGGAUUCCACUAACCCUGGUCAUGUUCCAAAGUCUGGGUGAACGCAUGAACACGUUUGUCAGAUUCUUAUUAAAGAAGUUGAAAAAAUGUUUUCACAUGAGAAAGACCGAGGUGUCUAUGGAAAAUAUGGUCAUGGUGGGCUUGCUGUCUUGCAUUGGUACCCUUGGCAUUGGAGCAGCUGCCUUCUCCUAUUUUGAAGGAUGGACAUUUUUCCACUCUUACUAUUACUGUUUUAUUACUCUUACAACCAUUGGGUUUGGAGACUUUGUUGCCCUCCAGAAGAAUGAGGCAUUGCAGAAGAAACCACCCUAUGUAGCAUUUAGCUUCAUGUAUAUUCUUGUGGGACUGACCGUUAUUGGUGCUUUCCUUAACUUGGUAGUCCUCCGCUUUCUGACCAUGAACUCUGAAGAUGAAAGACGGGAUGCAGAAGAAAGGGCUUCAUUACGGAGAGUACAGAACACAAUCGGUCUUCAGUCAAAAAUGGAUGCCAGAAGUCGGAGUUCCAUUUUUCUUCCAAUAGGAGAUGCAACAAGCCAGAUAAACCUCAUACCUCUCAUACAGGAAGACCAUGACCGGGGCAGACGAAGAUCUUCAAAUGCAACCUCUAGAGCUGGUUCAUUUUGUGCAUGUAUGUGUUACAGAUCCCCAUUCUGUAACAGUCCAUCCAUAUCUCAUCAUGAAGCAUUGAGCUGCCACACAAACCCGGUUUACUACAACUCGAUCUCUUACAAAAUCGAUGAAAUUUCACUAAGCACUCGAGAUAACACUGGAUUCUCCUCGCCCAACAGCUUUUUUUCACCCGACACCCAGCAAUACACAGAUCAUUUCAGAGUGAGGAGAAAAUCUAUUUGAAGUAUAUGUAAAUACACAAACAAAAAUGUAAUAUGUUAGAGCUUACCAGCCCUUAGAUGUGGUGACUGCAUUUUAUGCAAGUAUCAAAUUCUUGUUGAUCUUAUAAUAUAGUACAUGCGGUUCAUACUCGCUCACUAUGAGAUUUGUUUUAUGUAUUCUGCAAAACACCUGGUUGAUCCUGCUGUUCUCUUCCCCCCACUUCUGUCCAAGUCCCCAAUGCAGCUAGGGAUUACACAUGCUCAGUUUUCAGUGAGUUUCUAUGCUGAGUAUUUCCUCCCUAUCACAUCUGAGCAGCCCAUGUGACUAGAGAGACACACAUGUGGGUGGAUAUACAGAGGUAAAUGACAGCUCACUCCUCCCCUCCUCUCCCAUGCCCACUAACCAGCUAAACUCAAUGGGGGCUGGAUAUUACAUGUAGAUUGAUGGA